AGCCGGUGUAGAGUAGUGUGCGAGAGGCGGCGAGGCAAAUCUAACCACGUUCUGUUGUAUUCCCCACCUGGGCUCUCCAGCUCCCUCCUGGAUCCGAUGAUUACAGGGCAGUUGAGCAAGCCGCUGCUCUCCCUGCGCAGCGAGAUGAGCGCGGCAGAACUCCGGGCAGAGGACAAGGCGGCCACCCCAGACAGCAAGCUCAAUGACGAGCCCCUGCUCCUGUCCUCCGAGGCCACGGGCAGAGAGGACACUCCCAACAAGCUCUAUGGAGCCCGUGACGGCUCUGUCCAGUCUGAUGCCAGCAACAGCCCGUCAGAACAGUGUCAUCUGGGUCAGUCUCACCCAGCCUACCCAGUAGGACCACAGUGUCUUUCUCUUCAGUCUCUGCUGGUGGCCCAGCAGCUGGCCGGGGGGUCGCCAGGCCUGAACCAGCCCAUCCUCAUCCCCUUCAACACGGGCGGCCACCUGGGAGGCCAGCAGGGUCUUGUGCUUUCCCUGCCCACCGCCAAUAUCCAGGGCCUGGUGGCUGCAGCAGCCGCACAGGGCAUCAUGACGCUUCCCCUACAGAACCUGCAAGCUACCUCAUCCCUGAACUCCCAGCUUCAGCACCUGCAGCAGCUCCAACAGUUACAACAGCACCACCAUCAGCAACAACAGCACCACCAUCAGCAACAACAACACCACCAUCAGCAGCAUCAACACUCCCACAGCCACGCCCACAACCAGCUGUCAUCGCGGGGUCGCAUGACCCCGCCCGGCCUUCAGCAGUCCUCUGUCUCGGUCCCCUCCCCUGGCUCCGCCUCCUCCUCCACCACCUCCAUGACUGGCUCUGGCCAACCGCCACAGUCUUCGCCCCUCCGGCAAAACCAAUCGCCGGCCCGCAGUCUACCCUCGCCCGUCACCCCGCCCAUGCCACUGCAGUUGAACCCUCUGGCCAGCCAGGCAGCGGUGGCGGCGGCUGCAGCAGCUAUGGGCUCCAUCGCCGGGUCCCAGGUCUUUGGCAACGCCCUCUCCAACCUGCAAGCUGGAGUCACGGGUCAGCUGGUCACCAAUGCACAAGGACAGAUAAUUGGAACGAUCCCACUGAUGCCCAACUCUGGGGGGCCCUCGAGCCAAUCAGGGGGCGGAAACCCUGCGCUGCAGGUCCAGCCAAUUACACCUCAGCUUCUGACCAACACCCAGGGCCAGAUCAUCGCCACGGUGAUCGGCAAUCAGAUCCUGCCUGUCAUCAACACCCAGGGAAUCACGCUGUCACCAAUCAAGCCUGGACAGCAGCUGCCUCAGGCUCAGCAGCUUCAGACAGGCCCAGUGUCGUCUCAGCCCAACCUGCUCCACAUGCCCCACAGCCAGAGUCCUCUCCGCCAGGUCUCUUCCUCCUCCUCAUCAUCGUCCUCUUCCUCCUCCGCUCUCAGUGUGGGUCAGCUGGUCAGCAACCCCCAGAUGGCUCCCAGCGAGGUGGAUGGGGUCAACCUGGAGGAGAUUCGGGAGUUUGCCAAAGCAUUCAAGAUCCGUCGCUUGUCCCUUGGCCUGACCCAGACUCAGGUGGGACAGGCGCUCAGCGCGGCCGAGGGCCCAGCCUAUAGUCAGUCUGCCAUCUGCAGACACACCAUCCUGAGAAGCCACUUUUUCCUACCACAGGAAGCCCAAGAGAACACUAUAGGUAGCAGUCUGACAGGCAAACUGAACCCUGGCCUUUUAUAUCCUGCCAGGUUUGAGAAGUUGGACAUCACCCCAAAAAGCGCCCAGAAGAUUAAGCCCGUUCUGGAGCGCUGGAUGGCCGAGGCCGAGGCCCGCCAUCGGUCCGGCAUGCAGAACCUGACCGAGUUUAUUGGCAGCGAGCCCUCCAAAAAACGCAAGCGGAGGACCUCGUUCACCCCGCAAGCGCUGGAGAUCCUAAACAGCCACUUCGAGAAGAACACGCACCCCUCUGGACAGGAAAUGACCGAGAUAGCCGAGAAACUGAACUAUGACCGCGAGGUGGUCCGCGUCUGGUUCUGCAACAAGAGGCAAGCGUUGAAAAACACAAUAAAGCGGUUGAAACAGCCCGGUGACCUGGACCUGGACCUCGGCCCGACCGCGCCCAUGGACCCUCUCUGUGAUUCUCUGGAUGAGAUCCCAAAAUGAACGACCAAAACUAGAGAUAAAGAGAAAAGUCCAAACAACAUGGUGGAUCAUGACCCAAAGUGGGAAGAAGAAUGAAAGAACAUUCCAGCCCUUUUAUAGAGUCAACUGAAAAGGACAGUUAGGAAAGUUUGCAAACGAGAAUACGUGUUAUCAGUGUGAUUACCACAGUUAUUGACCUUUGCCGAAAUCCCAAAAUAAAAAUAAAUAUGUUAGUAUUUGAUAGAAAAAGAUUACAAACCUAGAGUGUGCUGUUUCAAAGAGUUCUAGUUCUGGCCUCAUAGACCAGAAUAUUGUCCAAAUUUGGGUUCCCAUUAGGGAGAUUUUAGUAAAGCAAUCAUGCCAAAAUCAAAGACAAAAACACUAACUACUUACCAAAGUCUGUUGCAUCGGAAUACUAAGAAUAAUUUUUUAAGUGUAAAAGUGUUCUAAAUUUUUACAUUUGUACUGGCAAGAACAUCUAAGAUAUGUGUGUGAGUUUGGCUGUACAUUUUAUCUUUGUCUCACUUAAUUUCAUUAUCUCCCGUGUUUAUAUGUAAAUAUCUACUAAAUUGAAACCACAAUGUCAAAUUUGCCAUGUAAAUGCGUUUCUUUGGGGUUCAACAAUGGCAUAUUGUUUGUCUCAGACUCUUUCUCAUCUGCAACUAUUUUCAGUCACAGUGUAACUUUGUACAACUUUUACAAGUAUUUAUCGAUGAUUUUAUGAGAUUGUCUAUGUUUUGGAGGAAGGGUAAUAAACUGAAGGCUGUCUAAACAAUGAGGGGAUACUCUGUACCUAACCAUAUAGGUUCUGUCUCUGUGCACCGACUCUAUUGUGGAUAUGUCUGAAGCUACUGUAUCUCAUUCUGUUGCCAAAGCCUGAUAGCCAAAGAACACAUUAUUUCAGCUCAAGAACAUGGGGGUAUUUUACCUUGGCCAAUAACAUGUUUUAGUUAUUGUUAUGUGCCUAAGUUCCCUUUCUCUGGUUAUUUUUACUGUACAGUUUCUUUCAUACACUGAGCUCAACUAAGUUACACAAAGGCCAACAGAAUGCCAAAUAACAUUUUGAUUCCAAAAAAUGACUCUUUGUUAAGUUCACAACCCUUUGAUAUUGCAAUAUAGAACAUGUGUUUUACUGUGAGGACUUUUCUGCCCAUCCCUUUCUGAAGUGUGUGUCUAGUUCUUUCUAUUUGAAGAAUUGCUCCUGCAUGUUUGAGAUGAACCACUUAUAACAAAGUUAAGACAACAUAAAACACAAAAGGCAGCCCAAGUUCCAAAUCCCUAAAUUACAUGUAUAUUUUUCAGAGUACAUUGUCACUGAGAACAAAUUACACGUUAGUGGUUUUAGCAAAUAUUUUUUACAUGAUUUGACCUUUAGAGCAAAAUGUGCAUUACUUCCCUUUAGCAUUCAGUAACUCAUUAUAAUCUUAUCAAUCUGAACGUUUUCUAAUCGCUGAAUCUUUGUCUUCAGGGGUCAAAUAUGUUUUUUUAAUGAAAAUGUCCUGCUGCGGUUUGGUUUCUUUUCUUGGAGUGAUUCUAUAGUGAAGCCUUGACAGACAGUAUAGCCUAAUUCAAAAAAGUAUUUGGGGGAAAAGUCGUGUGAAAUGCAAGACAACCAAGUAGCCCUUUCGCAAUACAUAAUCCAUAUUCAUUUCAACCAACAAAUCAGGGUGUUAUUGCUGUGUAGAUGUUGGAUAUGAACAGAGUGUCGUCACAACAUGUAGCUCACCUCCUAUAGGUGUACUUCAAUAUUACCAGGGCCCACAUGGAGGAUUUAAGGAAUCCAUAUUGUUACACCAUUUAUGUGUUAAUAACCUAUAGGCCUACAGCCACUGUGUUGAACUAUAAAGAGUAUUGCAAACUGAUACACACAUGUAAAAAACACUUUUCAGAACUCUCAAGAUUACACAUUGAUAUGAAAUGUUCUAAUUUGAUUCAAGUAAAACACUUAGUCCCACUUUACACUGUUGCUUGCCUAGCAGCAUAAAGUGCACUUGAUAACACUUACAAACACAUACGGAAAUAGACAUUAGUUGAGGAGAGUAUACAGAAGGCUGAGGUUUGAGAGGCACUACGUAGGAGCCCCCCUUACGUGUUCAUUUACCCUUUAUUAUUUAAUGUAGGCCUACCUUGAGCAAAGAUUGAAUACUUUUAGCAGGAAGUCGUUUUUAACAGUGUAAUAUUGUAAGUCAGUAUUACUAAAUGGUGUUCAAUCAUAAUAUACUGUAAGUCAUAUGUGAUUUGACUCAAUUUAAAGACUUUUGUGCGUUCCCCCUCUGUCUCUCACCCCACCUCAUCCCAACAUGUAAGAGAAGUGAUUAUGCGGCUUCUGUAUUGUAUGGGCAGGUAGUACUGAGGCUAAACAAUGAAGCUGUAACCAAAAACAAAAAGACAAAGGACGGAGUUCAACCUUCACGUAACCCUUUGAUGCUGGACCAAAGCUCUAUAGUUAUAUGCACAUUGUACAGAGAAAUGGGUUAAUGUCGCCGACAAUCUUGAAAUACAAAGAGAAUCGAUGAGUAGAUAAGUAGUAGUUCUUUUAAACUUGACGCCACCACUGCCCACCGUACAUUGUGAGCAAUGCCAUGCAAAAACCAUCAGAGAAUAAAAGACCGAAAAAUGACUCCUGUAUGUUUGAAAGUAGUGUUCACUUCUCAUGGAGGAGGGGGGAACUGAGAUUCUGUAUGACACAAGGUGUACUUUUGCCAAGUGGUUUCCAGGGUCACAUGUAUAGGACUUACUAGAGUUUGUUGUUACUUGUUUAGCUUUUUUCUCUCUGUGGCUAUGUUACAUACACUUCUCAGUUUCAGUCUCCAAGAUGUGCCCUAUUUUAUAGGGGGCAAAGAAGGCUUUAUGAUUGUACCCGAUUCUGUAAAAAAAAUAAUAAAGAUAAUCAUAAUUAAGAUAAAUGUUUUUAAAUUAUAUCCACACAGACUCAUACACCAACUGGUUUGAAAUAUUGUUACAACUCAAGAAAGACCUCGAAACCAAAGCUGAUGAACCUGCAAAGGUUGCUUUUCAUUUUAUAGGCUGAAACCUGUGCUUAAUCUAUAGAGCAAUAUAUGUUUGGUUAUUUAAGCGGCGCUUUGUGUAUUUCUAAAAAGCUUCACGUCUGUCACAUUUAUUUGUACCAUUAUUAAUAAUAAACAAG